CUCUCUCCAGAAGGGGUCUAACUGUGGUUCUCUGCUGACGAUGGAGGGAAACUUCCAGAUCUACACAAAGACCGGCUACUACAAGGGAAACCUCGCCGCCAUCAAGUACCUCAACAGGAAGCGCGUGGAGCUGACCCGGAAGGUUCUGUUUGAGCUGAAGCAUAUGCGAGACGUUCAGAACGAGCACCUGACCCGGUUCAUCGGCGCCUGCAUCGACCCCCCCAACAUGUGCAUCAUCACCGAGUACUGCCCCAGGGGCAGUCUGCAGGACCUGAUGGAGAGUGACAGCAUCACUCUGGACUGGAUGUUCAGAUACUCUCUGAUCAAUGACAUCGUCAAGGGCAUGUUGUUCCUCCACAACAGCGUCAUCGUCUCCCACGGCAACCUGAAGUCGUCUAACUGCGUGGUGGACAGCCGCUUCGUCCUGAAGAUCACCGACUACGGUCUGGAGAGUCUGAGGGGACGCAGCUGUCCUGAGGACACACACGCUUACCUACUACGCACGGAAGCUGUGGACCGCCCCUGAGCUGCUGAGGACAGACUGCCCCCCCCCCUGUGGGACUCAGAAAGGAGACGUAUUCAGUUUCAGCAUCAUCCUGCAGGAGGUGGCCCUGCUCCGGGGGGUGUUCUACCUGGACACACACACUCUCACUCCCAAAGAGAUCGUGAUGGCGGUGCGUGAUGGUCCCCCCCCCCCCCUGCGCCCCUCCCUCUGUCUCCACAGCCACAGCGAGGACCUGGGCGUCCUGAUGCAGCGCUGCUGGAGCGAGGAGCCAGGAGACAGGCCGGACUUCAGGACCAUCAGGGUGCUGCUGCGCAAGCACAGGUGGGGGGGGCU